GGAAAAUUGCAUGUUUUGGCGCACAUAAACAACAGAACAUUUACAACGAUUGUAAAAUUUGUUAAUUUAAUAAAUAAAAUAUGCCAGAGGUAGAAUUAACUGCAGAUGAACUUAAGAGGCGUAAUUUGCCAUGGAUUGAAAAAUAUCGACCGGCAAAAUUUGAUGAAAUUGUGGGUAAUGAGGAUACCGUGGCCCGUUUAUCCGUCUUUGCUACCCAGGGUAAUGCUCCCAACAUAAUUAUAGCGGGUCCACCUGGUGUGGGCAAAACUACAACCAUUCAGUGUUUGGCCAGAAUAUUACUUGGUGACAGUUAUAAAGAAGCUGUUUUGGAAUUGAAUGCCUCAAACGAGCGUGGCAUUGAUGUAGUGCGUAAUAAAAUUAAAAUGUUUGCCCAACAAAAAGUCACACUACCCCGUGGUCGCCAUAAGAUUGUUAUAUUGGAUGAGGCGGACAGCAUGACCGAGGGUGCUCAGCAGGCUUUGAGGCGCACCAUGGAAAUUUACAGUAAUACCACACGUUUUGCCCUGGCCUGUAAUACGAGCGAAAAGAUAAUAGAACCCAUACAGUCUCGUUGUGCCAUGUUGCGUUUUACAAAACUAUCAGAUGCCCAGGUUUUGGCCAAACUUAUCGAAGUGUGCCAACGUGAAAAUCUCGAAUACGAUGAAGAAGGUCUGGAGGCCAUAGUUUUCACGGCACAGGGUGAUAUGAGACAAGGUUUGAAUAAUUUACAAUCCACAGCUCAAGGUUUUGGUAAAAUAACGGGAGCAAAUGUUUUCAAAGUGUGCGAUGAACCUCAUCCUAUGCUUAUACAGGAUAUGUUGCAACAUUGUGCUGAAAAUGAUAUACACAAAGCCUACAAAAUAUUGGCCAAGUUGUGGCGUUUUGGUUAUGCCGCAGAGGAUAUUAUUGGUAAUAUAUUUCGUGUCUGCAAGCGUUUGAAUGUGGAUGAACAUAUGAAGUUGAAUUUUAUACGUGAAAUUGGAGUGACACAUAUGAAAGUCGUUGAUGGCCUGAACUCCUUACUACAAUUAACUAGUUUGCUGGCUAGGUUAUGUGAAAUUGCAGAUGCCCAGUAAAUGAAUAUGUGUAUUUUUAGUGAUUUAGUUAUUUUUAUUGAAUAAAAAAUAUUAAAAAUAUAAAA